GUGUCGUGCGGCCCAGCUGACAAUGGAUGUUAGUGGGAGGGAUUACCCAGCAAGUAGGGCAAGUGGCUGAGGGCUAAGGACUGCGAUUCCACGCAGCCUCCGUCAGUCAUCCGCCGGGUGCGCACACGGGAGGGGUACAAAAAAAAAAAAAGCAAAGUCCUGCGUGUUCAUCUCUAAACACCCACACGCAGACAUGGUGAAGAAAGGCGAGGGACAGUCCGAAGCCGCCGCGGAGCAGCGGGACUCGGCCGAGAUGUCGGUCUGCACGCCGGGCGACGCGUGCCUUUGUCCCGCCAUGGCGCACAUCGACACCUUCAUGAAGAACGUGCAAGUUCUGCUGGACGCGGCGCGUCACAUCGAGAAGGUGGAGAAGAGCAGCGGAAAAUGUGAGCAUGGCUACGCUUCCGCCUACCCCGCCAGUCGGAUGGAGCACCCGCCCAAACAGCGUAAAUUCAAGAAUAGGAAACUGGACAACAUUCCCAAUAGGUCAGCCCACAAUGAACUGGAAAAGAAUAGAAGAGCACAUCUCCGCCAUUGUUUGGAGAGGUUGAAGUCGCUCAUCCCACUGGGACCAGAAUGCACUCGGCACACCACACUGGGACUCCUCAACAAGGCCAAAGCACACAUCAAGAAACUUGAAGAGGCGGACCGAAGGAGCCAACACCAGCUGGACACGCUGGAGAGGGAGCAGAGGUACCUGCAGAGACAGCUGGCCCAGCUGCAGACACUCGGGGUCAGGGACCGGGUCCGCAUGGAUAGUCUAGGUUCUCCCAUGGACUCUGAUGAGCGCUCAGAGUCUGAAAGAGAGGACAUCGAAGUGGACGUGGAGUGCACACAGUUCUCCCAUGGAGAAAUGGACAGUGUGAGCAGCGGCGCCGCCAGCGACCUGGACGACCAGAGCAGCCGGCAGAGCUCAGCCAGCGACGAAGGCUACUCCACCUGCAGCUUGCUCAAAGUGGCCUUCUCCGCUUGAGGUCAGCGACGCUGGCCGCGCUCUCUAUGGCUUUAACAAUCACCAGCCUACACACACACACUCCAACCUAAACUGUCCACCUAAAAGUACCAGCCUUAAGCUCAACUCUAAACCUGAAUGUCUGUUGCCGGAAUCAAACACACUUUCACUGGAUAGGAACCCAAAAAUCAGGGGGCUAAAACUCCAAAUCAAUCAAGUUGAUCCCUCGACAAACCAGCAAAAAAAACCACUCAAAAUACCAGCUUGAAGCUCCAAAAAGUAGCCCUUUACCUUCCGAGGGCGACGACGUCUGCAUUCCAAAAUGUGUUUGGCUGCUUCUUACUAGCAGGAGCCACAAGCAUCAAACCCUACGUGGCAUCUCUUAGUUGUUCUAAUUUAUUUUGCAUAUGAUGAUAGUAUUUAUUUUUGUCGGAUAUAUUUAACUGCGCCCCCUUUAAAACGCACCCCCCUCCCUCUUGGAACGUAAUAAGCUAUCCACCACUUGUCCAAGCACAAGGCUGAAGCAAUAAGCCAUCUUUUUAAGUUCUGUCCAUCCUCCAAAGCGUUUAGCGGCCCAAUUGCGAGUCAUAGGUACAAAAAAAAAGAUUGUAAAUGUUUUUAAAAAAAGCUACUGUGCAUGUGUGCUGAAGGUUGUAAUGCGCUAUUUAAAAAAAAAAGAACAAAACAGAACGACUUAAAGGCCUACUGAAAUGAGAUUUUCUUAUUUAAACGGGGAUAGCAAGUCCAUUCUAUGUGUCAUACUUGAUCAUUUCGCGAUAUUGCCACAUUUUUGCUGAUUUAGUAGAGAACGUCGACAACUUUUGGUCGCUAAUAAAAAAGCCUUGCCUGUACCGGAAGUAGCAGACGAUGUGCGCGUGACAUCACGGGUUGUGGAGCUCCUCACAUCUGAACAUUGUUUACAAUCAUGGCCACCAGCAGCAAGAGCGAUUCGUACCGAGAAAGCGACGAUUUCCCCAUUAAUUUGAGCGAGAAUGAAAGAGUCGUGGAUGAGGAAAGAGAGUGAAGGACGAGAAAAAGAAUAAGAAAAAAAAAGACAAGGGCAGUGGGAGCAAUUCAGAUGUUAUUAGACACAUUUACUGGGAUAAUUCAGGAAAAUCCCUUAUCUGCUUAUUGUGUUACUAGUGUUUUAGUGAGAUUAUAUGGUCGUACCUGUACAACCUGAAGUUCGGCCCUCUGCACCUUUCUUCAGCUACAGUCGACGGGCGGUGGCGAUGCCCAUCUCUGCCCUUCGCAAGGGACCCUCUUUGAAACACGAUCUUUCAAAAUGAUCGCUGCAUAAUACACUGUACUUUGUUUGUGUGGUCCAAUCCAACCGUGUUCGCUUGACAUCUCUGUUCCAUAGUAAAGCUUGAAUUUCAUCUUUCGGGAAUGUAAACAAUGAAACACCGGCUGCGUUUGUGUUGCUAAAGCCGGCCACAAUACACCGCUUCCCACCUACAGCUUUCUUCUUUGAUGUCUCCAUUGUCCAUUGAACAAAUUGCAAUAGAUUCAGCAACACAGAUAUCCAGAAUACUGUGGAAUUUCACGAUGAAAUCAGACGCGCUAAUAGCUGGGAACGAUGCUGGAACAAAAUGUCCUCGACAAUCCGUGGCGUCACGCGACGCGUCAUCAUACCGAGACGUUUCAACCGGACAUUUCGGAGAGAAAUUUCAAAUUGCAAUUUAGUUAAAUUGGCAUGUGUUGCAAUGUUAAUAUUUCAUCAUUGAUGUAUAAACUAUCAGACUGCGUGGUCGGUAGUAGUGGGUUUCAGUAGGCCUUGAAGGUUGUAAUGCACUUUUUUUAAAAAAAGAACAAAACAGAACGAUUUGUUUCAUCAUUUCGUCAAUUAUGAGCGUAACCUGCAUUUUUCCUUCUGCUCAUGACUCCAUCACCACCAAAUUGUGUCUUAUCGUGGGUGUAUGACUCUUGCACAAGUCCCCGCGCACCCGCUCCCCCCCUACCCAACAUUCUGGGAAAGAUGUAAAAAAUGCACUAUAGAAUCAUUGUUUGGGAUUUCACAAAAAAAAGCACAGCCCUGAUGUUUUCUAGUGCGACUGUCAAAGCGUGCCCUGCUGAUACUUUGGUUCCUGAUGACUCUCCCUGGAAUCCUAAUAAAUCUCUUCCAACAA